AUGGUGCGCGCUGGCAAGGUGGCAAAGGGCUUUACGCCUCGCGGGGCGGAAAAAGUUCAGGAAAUAGACGCACAAACAGACCCAACGUCCACAGUAAUCCCCAGGUUAAAAGAAUGGUGGAGUGCAUUUGUAAUACAGCGCGCCUGGAGACGAAAAAGGGACGGCCGCAUCCCCCUACGCUGGGACGGCAGUUGUGGGUUGGCAUGCGAAUACUCAUUUCCUACAGAUUGUGUAUUCACAUACCACCUGGUAGAAACAGCAUCAGUAUCUUUACAGAUUGUGCAGGGACGUCUUCAGGAAGUAGACUUGAUGCUUAUUCUAGCUGCGAACUUGACUGUACGCCUUCUGGAGGCUCGGCCACACGAUGCAAAGGGGUAUCUCCUUAGUCUGCUUGAAGCCUUGAAGGCGAGCAGGGUUCAACAAGACGUUAGUGAGCGUUUUUCUGCAGGCAACAACGCCUCUGUUGACGAGAGUUCUGAACACUGCCAGAUAGAUGCAGUUCCACAGCUGUCACCCCAAGUUUCCUGCCAUACUGUUGCUGAGGCGUUUAGCAGCCGCCUAGGCAUCUUCUCAGAGAAAGACCUACAUGUCUUGUUCGAUUAUUGCACAAGAACCAAGGGAACUGGAGCUGCGCUAGAAUUGAAAAACCGUGAGCAGUAUUGA